CCCGAGCUUGACUCUGUUCUCAGUCAGAUUCUCAAGUUGAUCGAGUUGGCUUCUACUUGGACGGGUAAUUGAGAAUUUCGAGACCUAACCAUGUUGAGAAUUGCUCUGGUUGUGAUUCUAUUUCAGGUUGUUCUGCAAACUAUUUGCACAGAAGCACUUUGCUGUGAUGAUAUCAGAUCUGAUAUAAAAAAUCGUACCCUCGCUUACAACUUAUUGUGUUCAAAACACGAUCCACAGCUUGGAUCAUGCUGUCGUGUCAUAGAACGGAACAUUCGGAGGCGUAAACUGGCGCUCAGAAUACUGUGUCCAAACAACGAAACCGACCAUUGUAAGUCAAACCCGUGCGGUCCUAAUGCUGUUUGUGUCAGUCACUCUAACCAACUCACAUGCACCUGUAAACUUGGUUAUACUGGUCCAGGAACGAAUUGUACAAAGAUCAACUAUUGCUCGUCUAAUCCUUGCGAUGUCAACGCUCUUUGUGUCAGUAACACUUACAACUACACAUGCACCUGUAAACCUGGUUAUAAUGGUCCAGGAACCAAUUGUACAGUUAUUACCGGAAAAAGUUGUGCUGAUCUCUAUAAAUUAGGAGUGAGGCAAGAUGAUGUUUAUACCAUAAAUCCUGAUGGUUUCGGAUCGUUUCAAGUUAGAUGUGACAUGAGCACAGACAGAGGUGGCUGGACCGUGUUUCAAAGAAGACAAGAUGGAAGUCAAGAUUUCUAUCGUGGAUGGUCAGACUAUAAAGCAGGCUUUGGUAAUCUUAACGGCGAGUUCUGGUUGGGCCUUGAUAAAAUACACCGUUUAACCAAAUCUGGCCAAAAUGUUCUGAGAGUUGAUUUGAUGGAUUUCAAUCGCGCUGAACGUCACGCUAAAUAUAGAAACUUUGGUGUGGCUGAUGAAUCAGACAAAUACAGAUUGACUAUUGGCAAUUAUUCAGGUGACGCUGGUGAUUCUCUUGCUUUUCACAAUCAAAUGCAGUUCACUACCAAAGAUAGCGACAAUGAUGCUCGGUGGAGUGGUAAUUGUGCUAGGGUCUACAAAGGAGCUUGGUGGUACAACUACUGUCUUUAUUCCAGCCUCAAUGGCCUGUACCUGGAUGCAGGCAGUUUUUAUCCCGAUGGAAUAAUCUGGUAUCAUUGGAAAAAUUCUUACCGAUAUUCUUUAAGAAGAUCGGAGAUGAAAAUUCGUCCAAAUUUGUUUUAAAAUAAACACGAGUUUUAGGAGAGACAUAAACAUAUUUACGUCAAAAAGAAAAUCAAGUCAUUUCUGAUUUGUUAACAGAACAAUGUGAAUUUUUAUUUUAGCAACUAUAAUGUUUUAGAAAUAGUUAACCGGAGGCUAUAAUAAACUGAAAAAUAAAUUACACGUUUGAAACUGUUUACUAUUUUAAGUAGUUAUGCUACGACUGGCAACGACAAGUUUCUUAAGUAUUUCAGGCAAGAAAUCUAUAUACGAGAUAGAUUCCCGCACAACCGGCGAUUUUAAGGUGCGCCGUAAAAGAACAUUUAAAGCACC